AUGUACUUCGUACAGAUGGGCCUUGUCAAAAUGGCGAUUCUAUGCUUUUACAUGCGCAUUUUCGACCGCGCUGGACUUGGAAAACUACUCUGGGGCACAGCUGCCUUCAAUGCUGUCAACACCUUCGUGUUCCUCAUGGUUGGCAUUUUCCAAUGUACACCUAUCCACUACUACUGGACGAGGUGGGACGGCGAGCAACAAGGCACCUGCAUCAACAUCAAUGCAGUUCCGUGGGCGAACGCUAUUAUCAGCAUCUUACUAGACUUGUGGAUGCUGUAUCUUCCUUUGUCGCGAAUCCGAACUCUCAAUCUACACUGGUGGAAGAAACUAGCCGUCACACUUAUGUUCUGUGUCGGUACCUUCGUAACUAUAGUCAGUAUUUUGAGACUUCAGUCGCUUGUACGGUUCGCGAGUUCAUUGAACCCUACAUGGGAUCAAUUCGAUAUUGCAUUCUGGACAUGCCUCGAGGUUCCUACCGGCAUCAUCUGUUGUUGUCUCCCGGCCAUCCGUCUCAUUCUCAUCAAGGCCUUUCCCAAACUCUUUGGAAUGCUCACCAAGCGCUACGACACACAAAAGUAUGCGGAAUCCCCGUCGAGCGCUGCGGAUGGGAGCCGAAGCACGAACCGCAUGUCUCGUCCUCUCGGCGACUCUUCGACCACGGAGCUGCAAUCAGCCCUGCGAGGCGGCAAAGGCAUCGUUUGCACCAAGCAAUUCGCGCUGGAGACACACGAUACAUCGAGUCUCUACGCGAUGCAAGAUCUCGAGUCCGGGAGUGCCAAGAAUAGCCUUUCACAAAGCCACCGAUCAACGUCGAUCUCGCACACUUCAAGCGGUGUCUCGGAUUACGGCGCGCCUGGACGGAAACAGUCUGGUCCCUCCGAACACUAA